AUGGCACCACAGCAUUCGAGAAUGGCUUUCCCUCAGUUCCAGAGGCUUCCUGCUGAGAUCAAACGCAAGAUUUGGAUCGAAGCCCUCCCCGCGCUACGGAUCUACGAGCCAAACGACGACGUAAUCUGGACAGAUAAUAACCAUCUGAGUCGCUUCUACCGGGAAUACUCUCCUCCUCGUGUUAGAGAGGUCUGCAAGGACGCGUACGAUGCGUGUGUGUCGGUUGGUCGUUUCACUUUCGGCUACUUUGACAAUUCCAAUAUCCGGGGCCUCUGGUACAACGAGACGCAGGACGCAGUCUACUAUGCGACCUUUGACCAGUGGCACAACACAACGUUGAAAGGCUUGAGAAAGAUCUACAUUUCCACUGAAAUUGCUCUUUUCAUCUUCCUUAACAAAGGGUUUAGGGCCAAAACCUUCCGUGCUUGUCGUCACCUUGUCGUCGCGCUAUACUUAGACAAGCGGUGUGAGAUAGGAGAUGUCGAAAUUGACAAAUAUGCGACGACGGUUCCAGUCUUCAGAGCUAUGAGAGACGACGAUAUCAUUGUCGAUACGCCGCAGGUAGCGCACCUUCUCGCAGAGCUGUUUCCGGAGCUGCUGGAGAAGAAGUUCCUGGCCUGGGCCGAGGUCAAGGGCAUGUUGUUGCAGACGAGAGAGAAGCUCAUUCUCGAAUGCUCAGACAAGCCUUGGUAUGCGCGGAUGAAUACGGGGCCCUUACUCCUAGAGGCUGUAGAGGUCUUCAGAAAACCGGAUGAUAGGAUGGACCCUGAAAGACUGUUUUAG